CCUUCCCCAUCCUCGUUCAAGCUGCUCCUCUUCACAUGAGGGACUGGAUGAGUCCUGUCCCAGCUCUGCUCCCCUCAGAGCCUCUUGGAACAACAGCCAAUGAGAGGGGAAAGAUCUAGCAGAGUAGAGCACCGCCUUGGGAGUGUGAAUGGGGUGGGGAGAGGAAGGAGCACAGACAGGUGGGGAAAUGAGAAUAAACCAGAAGGGCGUAAAGAUCUGUUGGAGGUUACUUAGAGUGUACUUUAAAAUGGUUGCAACUGGCAAUGUAAGCAGUAAAAGCACUGCAUGCAUUUCAGAAUUGCUGCACCAAGGCUUUCACCACACAAACAUAAGCGACUUUGACUACUGGGAUUACGUUGUGCCUGAACCCAACCUUAGUGAGGUGGUGUUUGAGGAGAGAACCUGUCAGAGUUUAGUUAAAAUGUUGGAGAACUGCCUAUCCAAAUCAAAGCAGACCAAACUUCACUGCUCAAAGGUUCUGAUACCAGAACAACUAACCAAGAAAAUAGCUCAAGAUGUAUUGCGGCUUUCUUCAACUGAGCCUUGUGGUUUGAGAGGUUGCAUUAUCCAUGUCAAUUUAGAAAUUGGAAAUGUAUGUAAAAAGCUGGAUAAGAUUAUCUGUGACCCCAGUAUUGUUCCUACUUUUGAACUGACACUUGUAUUCAAGCAGGACUGUUGCUCAUGGCCCAGUUUCAGGGACUUUUUCUUAACCCAAGCUUGUUUCGCAUCUGGCAGCAAACGUACUCUGAUUUUGAGUCCUGGGUUUCGGCUUAUUAAAAAAAAACUUUACUCGAUUGGGACAGUUAUUGAAGAAUGCUAGAAAUCUUGUUGCAUGUUUAAAACUGUGCCUGAUUUUUUUUUAAGAGGUACCUUGCUUUACAGUUUGAUUUCAUGCACAGCAACCUGGUGCAAAAGUAAAUAUUUCACAAUUUUUCCAAGGGGUUAUGUAGCAAACAUAAUUUGCUCAAUCUAAGGACUAUGCCAAUUUGCACUGCAAUCUCAGCAAUGUGUACUUUUAAACUUCUUGAAGUGUUAAGGGGCAAAUGACUAGUCAAAACAAUAAUCAGUUGUGUCUGAAUAUUUUUUGCUUUUUAAAAACUGGAAAACAAUGCAAUUUGGGCAGCAAAGAUGGAUUUAAAAGCAAGGUAACUUCCCAAGCAGAAAUGCUAAAUCAUUGUCUUGGAAAUACUUGCCUACCUCAUACUUGGGUUUGAAAAUGGAAUGUCUGCACUCAGUUGCCCUCUUUUACUGGGCCAGAAAACUGAACCCUGGUAUUCCCUUGCUAUAUCCCUUCCUCCAAAUGGAACUAAGAAACACUUUUGUUUGUCCUCCUGCUAGCUCCUCUCCCAAGUCUGGAGGAUUUCUUUUUUUUUCUGUUCUGGUAUGGUAGCUCAUGCACUUCAGAGGACACCUCAUGGGGGUUUCAGUUCUCCACACCAUCAUAGUAGCCCUACUUUGGUUCUGGAAUGUCCUGGCAGUUUCUCUCCCUCUCAUGAACCUGCCCUCUUCAUACUCCAAUGUAGCUAAAGUUUAGCUAGUGUUCAACCUGAUGCUUAUGUUGCUGCUCAAAUGUCUUUUCACGCUGUCCCCCUCAUCUUCGCUAGAGACUUCCAUUUCAAUUUUACACCACUUCUGUUGAAAAUUAACUAGUCUUCCUAUGCUCAAAUAAACUGACUAGUUGGCCUAGAUAAAACACAGGAAUUUCAAAAGACCAUGAACUGAAAUAGUGACUGUCGCUGUCUGUAACUGAAGCAACAUCUUUCAGAUCCGGCCAGAGGCAGAUAUCCCCACUAUGCAGUUUGGGGGUGAGAGGCUUGCCUAAUCUUUUAGUCUAUUUUCCCUGCCGUGUUUCUCAGUAACAAUUCUCUGGCUAUAUGCCACUCUUCUGAGAGGGGGGGAAAAUCUGAAAGAUGCAUUGUGUCUUUGUUGUUGGCACUUGGGUUUCUUGGAAGAUGACUAUCAACAGAUAAUAGAGGGGAAACUGCCUUGGCAGACACGUACCAAGUGUCUUGGCUCCUAGCACUCAUUCUCUUGAAGACUUAUCUUGCAAGUACUUAAGCUACAUCAACAUGUAUGAAACACUUAUGGCACAAUUUGACACUUACCAAGUCUAUGAUGGAGGAGGGGGAAGUGUGUGUGUGUGUGUGUGUGUGUUCUCAAUCAAGUUGCAUAUUAGGUAUACAGUGUAACUGGCUUAGUUGGAUUACAGAACUGCACUCUUCUAACAUUUGGAAGUUACUGCACCUCACAGCUAUUGAGCCUUUGCCUUAUCAGAAUUGGACCAUUGUAAAGUGACUUGUUUUGCACUUGUACUGCUUUUAAUGUUUUAAUAUCGCUGCCUUAAACGAUGGUGUCACUUUGUAUGCUUGGAUCUUUCUGCACUGAUGUAUAGAUGUUAAGUCCCCUCCACCUGAACUGUUUGGCUUCCCUUUCGAACGUCAAGAUAGCAACUACUUACUGGCACUGUUCUUGAAACCGAUUUCUGUGCAAGAAAAUGGGUUUGUCUAUCUUGACAAUAAAAGUUCAUAUUUUUACCUUUCAAAUGUAGGUUGUCUUUGAGAUCAUUCUUCUCUCAUAUUCAUCAUAUGAUGGUAGUGCCCUGGAACCCACUCAUGCUAGGUGCUGCAUAGUUCCUGUUCCAAAGAGCUUGUGUCGUGUUCUAAAGCAUAGAACAAGGAACAGAUGGCUAGAGGUAGACAAGGGAGUAUAAGGAAACAAUGAAAGAAUGUUGGAGCUCUGUCCCGACUUCCGUUAAGCAUCUGGCUGGGCCGUGCUCCUUCUUUCCUCUAACUGCCAUUGUAAUCCCCCUUCCUUGCUGCGGAGGCCAAAAUGGCUACCACUGACCCCUACUGGAGGAACAGCAGGAAUGUUGUUUGCCAAGAGGAGAUCUGCAGUAAGGGUAUUUGUUAACCCUUCAUACAAGGAUGAUGAGCUUCAUUAGAAGGGAAGGAUGAGUGUCUGAGGGGUUCAGUAUUCAUUCCUAUAGAACAUAAAAAGCUUCCUGUGAGAUCUGCGCAUGGCACAUAUCAUGGAAUAUUCUUUCCAGCUUGGAAUGUGGUGGUGUCCACUACUAGAAACAUGAAAUGCUUCCUUAAUAAACUACACAAAUAAUUAUUUAUAAUGACUCAGAUACAAGUGAGGUGAACACAUUAAACUUUUAUGAUUCUGUUAUGCAAGCACUACCUUGAAUCUUACUAGAGCCAGUGAGAACUAAAGAAGCCUGCCAACUUGUCUAGUAAAUACUUUGUCUAUCCUCCAUAAAUACAGCUCCCAUGUAUAUUCCAGCCAUUUUGUAGAUGACAUGUGCCUUCAGCAAACUACUGGCAACAGCCACCCUGGUGGUAAGUCUAGGUGACCAGGAAUCGAAUAAGCAUGGGAAUCAGCUGGCUCCUGUAGAGUGUGGAGGAGCUAAUUUUGGAAGCAUUGUCCCUGUUAAGGAGAGAAGCUCCAGCAUAGUCGGUCCUCCAUCUUUCACAACCACGGGUAUUUUUAAAAUAAUGGAUCCCUCUGUAUUCGUCUAGUACAGAGGGAUCCAUUAGUGUAUGACUGUAGCGCUACUAAGUGCAAACUUUUAAAACUCCUUUUCUAGGACCUGUUGAUAGAGCAGGGUAUCUAAACCUGCUCUUUUGACUAAAUUCCACUGAUAUCACUGGUCUACAAUUUUUGAGAAGUCAUCUGCUUCAGAGAUAAAAUGUGAUAUUUAUUUUGAU